CUUAUAUAAUAAGCGAGGUGAUGAAAACACGGACUAUAAUCGCCACAGACGCCACUUCGUUCGAAGCAGUUGGAUCAGAGCACAUCUAGCCUUCGACGCAGGUUCACGAUGGUAGCGCGCAGCAUUCUUUCCUUUCUGGUCGUUUUAUUUUGCGUAUAUUGCGCGCAAGGCCGCCGCCAGCGAAUACAAGUGCGUCUGGAAGCUGGCCCUCAGCCGUACGCUGGUAGAGUUAUGGUUUAUUAUGAGCGCACUCGUAGUUGGGGCUACGUUUGUGACAAUGGUUGGUCAAAGAAGAACGCCGCAGUCGUUUGUCGCCAACUCGGUUAUAAAGGCGUUGUGUUGGCUACGAAAGGGAAGUUCUAUGGCCGUGUAAAUUAUUACAACGUGAAGAAGUCCCGGUCACGAUCGAGAACCACUCAAGCAAGGACUCGUAUUUGGUUGGACAGAGUGCAGUGCUCUGGAAACGAGUUUAAUCUUGGCUCUUGUGGACACAGCCGUUGGGGUCAAGUUCGCUGCAACCGAAUGCGUCUGGCAGGAGUGAUGUGUGAUCCCGGUAAAGAGAUCUUGAUAAAGACGCCUCCUCUGUACAACACGACGCGACACAUCAAUAUAGAGAAGUUUAAGCUCAAUUUGUGGCCGGAAAACACCACAGAGGGAAUAAUCACGGAAGGCUUGCUUGUUGUAAAGUAUGAAAAGGGAAACACUGGCGUGGUGUGCAGCGAUGAAUGGGGUUUGAAAGAAAUGCGUGUUGCUUGUGGUGAACUAGGAUUCACUCAUGCUGUCGAGACCAGUAUUCAGACAAGUAUUGAUCAGAUACGAAGGAAAUACUCACAAGACCUGGAUUUUCAUCUUGGUAACGUGGAAUGUGAUGGGAACGAGGCAACGCUGCUUUCUUGCAAGAGUAGUGGAUUGAUGAAACAGAACUGCUCGAGUGGUCAAGCAGUAUGGUUGAAGUGCGAAACGAGGGCUCCACCGUUUGCACAUGCGCGACUCCGUGGUGGUAUAUAUGAAUGGGAAGGUCGUAUUGAGGUGCGCAGAAGGAUAACUUGGAGCACUCUCUGUGAUAAAGAUAUGAAUAUCUACACAGCUAACGUCAUCUGUCGGUCGCUAGGAUACGGAACAGCUAAAAACUACGCCUUGGGAACCGUGUAUCCUCACGAAAUGGAAGAUGUGAAAAUGUACGAGUCGAUCGAAUGCAAUGGAAAAGAAACGUAUUUACAGAGCUGUUAUUGGACAGAAAGGAAGAAGAAAUAUCCUUGCCGACAUUACUCGGACGCAGGCGUACGAUGCAACGUACCAGAGCAGAAACGAAAACGAAUGCAGAUUCGUUUACGCGGUUCUUUCCACCGCUCCAUGGGCAGAGUGGACGUUAAGAUCGACGGGAGGUGGGGUGUUAUCUGUGGUGAACAAUGGACGAUGAGGAACUCGAUGGUUGUAUGUAAACAGCUGGGUCUUGGUUACGCUGGUGCGAACUACAGCACCCGUCACUUCGGUAGAACUGGCAAGAUACUUCUCAGUGGGAUCACGUGUCUUGGUCAUGAAAACUCGUUGGACGAAUGCUUGCGACACGAGAACAUCACGUGCAGGAAAACAAAGCGUAUAGCUGGUGUGAAGUGCACAAAAACCGCUGCUGACUUGGUGUGGGAUAUAAAAGAGCUCGCCAAGACGAUGAGCGUCCGUCGUUUUCCGAUCGUAGCCUUGCGAUGCGCUCACGAGGAGAACUGCCUAUCGUCGAGCGCGGACGCCAUGUUUAACGACGUGUCGCUGAGACGAGCAUGGUUCGGACACGCCAGACGACUCAUGAGGUUCUCCGCGAAAGUUCACAACGUCGGAACGGCGGAUUAUCGACCUUACCUGCCCAAGAACGCCUGGGAAUAUCAUACGUGUCAUCGACACUACCACUCGGACGAAGAAUUCGCUUUCUACGACUUGAUAGAUCCGCACACACAUCAGAAAAUCGCCGAGGGCCACAAGGCAAGCUAUUGCUUGGAAGACACAAAAUGCGACGAAGGAGUAGACCAAUUCUACUUCUGCCGCAACGGGGGUGAUCAGGGGAUAUCGAUCAAUUGCCAUGAUAACUACGACUACACGUUGGAUUGUCAGUGGAUUGAUGUCACAGAUCUGACGGUGAGAGGACGAUCCUACAAACUGCGUCUUGUUGCCAAUCCGGGGUUAAAAGUACCCGAGUCAGAUUAUUCUAAUAACGCCGUCCUCUGCGACGUAAUUGAUCGCAGAAGCCGAAUACAAGUAGGAGAAUGCGUUGUGGAAUCAUGCGAGAGCGGCGUUCGUUCAAAUCACGGCAAUGGCAACUUCGCUUGCUGUCGAUUUCCGUUCAUUUACGACGGAAAAUCACGUGACACGUGCGUGCUGGAUGACAAGACAGGACGAUUUUGGUGUGCGACUAGCGAAAACUUCGACAAAGAUAAACUAUUUGGUUAUUGUUAAGUCUAUUGUAAGUUUAAUACACUACACCUCACAACGAGGUUUAUACCGCGUUAAAUAUCCACAUAAUAGCGAGAAGUCUUGCAUUUUAACUUCAGUUGACGGAUAUAUUAGCAAAACAGAUCUUUGUACAAUGUCCCAAAUACGUUUUGAAAUCAAAUACGAUUAGGAACUUUGUAACAUGAGUUCUCUUCAACGUAACGUGUUCAAUCAAGUAUAUAAAUAUACUACAAGAAUUUACUGAAAAUUAAAAAUAUUGCACGUAUGUAUCUCGCUGUUGAACAAGACCGAGAGACCUAGAAUAGGGUUUAGGGCGAAGUUCGUCUACAUCCAGCAGAGGAAGAUCUUGAAGACAAGUGGUUCAACUUUUCCUGACGCAAACUUGUGCAAGGUGAGGAUAGCAAAGAAAGGGAACCAAACAGCACCCCGAAGGGGGGGGGGGGGCGUAAA